GUCGACAAUAUCGGCGUAGUCUUUUUCCAACUGUCAUGAAUGCCUAAGAACAAUUCUAAUUUCUAGGGCAAUAUUGAAUUCUGCGGUUGCCGGUUUGUCAUUUAUAUUAACUCCGUGCGGAAAGAGAGCGGGCAGGGCAGUAAUGCGAACCGACAUAUGUAUUAUUUAUUAUUUACUAUGCAUCAUAUUGUUUGUUCCAAAAAUUACUGCUAUUUCUAAGUUGAAAAUAACAAAGAAGACGACGAAGACAAUGACGAUUAAAACACUAUAUCCGAUGGCAAAACGGUAUGCUCUUGUAAAUAUUUGCCAAAAUGUACAAAUUCAAUCUAGUUUACGAAGGAAUAUCACGAUGAACAACUUCAGCUUAUCUGUAAAUACAACAGUCGAUAAGGAAGAUGUGAAAAGACAUGGCAAACAUAUGAAGGUCUGGUGGGAUCCCAAAGGCAGGCUGGGAGCACUUCACUCUUUUAAUAUGUUGAGAGUUCCAUUAGUAAGAGAUGGUCUUGUUAGUGAGCCAGAGAAGGAGAAAACUCUUACACCUCUGGCCAAUAAGACUAUUUUAGAUGUUGGCUGUGGUGGAGGAAUAUUAUCAGAGGCUUUGGCCAGAAUAGGCGGCAUCGUUACGGGAGUGGACGCCAGCGAAGAGUUAAUCGAGUGCGCCAAACAACACAGUGACCUCGACGAGAAGAUUGCCCACAAUAAGCCCACAUACUUCUGCUCCACCAUCGAGGACCACGCCGUGGAAUACAAGAACCACUACGAUGCGGUGGUGGCCUCGGAGAUCAUCGAGCACGUGGCCGACAAAGUGCUAUUCGUGCGCGCCUGCGUGGCCUGCCUCAAGCCGGGGGGCCGCAUCUUCAUCACCACGCCCAACAGGAGCCUCUGGACCCGGCUGCUGGGCAUCUACGUGGCCGAGUACGUGCUGGGCACCUUGCCCAAGGGCACGCAUCAGUACCACAAGCUCACCACGCCCAGCGAGGUCUCUUUUCUGCUCGAGAGAAAUUGCUGUAAAGUGGAGCUGGUUCGCGGCAUCAUGUUCUACCCUUUCUUUAACAAGUGGACUUGGGUUAAUUCCACCAAGCUCAUGUUCGCCAUGCAGGCGAUCAAGUUAGAACCCGAACGAGAAUAAAGUGCUACGAGUGUUUUUGUGCUAAUUUGAUAGUCAUUCUGUUGCUGUUAUUUAUUCGUUUUGAUGAUUAUAUAUGAUUAACUUCUUUAGUUGCUCCUA